CAUUUGCUCCCCAUUCAGAUUUUUGUUAAACUGAACUUGUAAACAUGAGUGGAAGAGGCAAAGGUGGUAAAGGACUCGGUAAAGGAGGCGCCAAGCGUCACCGUAAAGUCCUCCGUGAUAACAUCCAGGGAAUCACCAAGCCCGCUAUCCGCCGUCUGGCUCGCCGUGGCGGAGUAAAGCGUAUCUCCGGUCUGAUUUACGAGGAGACCCGCGGUGUGCUCAAGGUGUUCCUGGAGAAUGUGAUCCGUGACGCCGUCACCUACACCGAGCACGCCAAGAGAAAGACCGUGACCGCCAUGGAUGUAGUUUAUGCUCUGAAGAGACAGGGCCGCACUCUGUACGGCUUCGGAGGUUGUUCACAGCGGCUUUACUUGGAGCUGGUGUACUUGGUCACAGCCUUGGUGCCCUCAGACACGGCGUGCUUGGCCAGCUCACCGGGCAGCAGCAGGCGGACGGCGGUCUGGAUCUCCCUGGAGCAGGACAGCCUGGAUGUUGGGCAGCACGCCGCCCUGAGCGAUGGUCACUCCGCCCAGAAGCUUGUUGAGCUCCUCGUCGUUGCGGACAGCCAGCUGCAGGUGACGAGGGAUGAUACGAGUCUUCUUGUUGUCACGGGCAGCGUUUCCAGCCAACUCCAGGAUCUCAGCGGUCAGGUACUCCAGCACAGCUGCCAGGUACACGGGGGCACCGGCACCAACACGCUGGGCAUAGUUCCCUUUACGCAGCAGUCUGUGGACACGACCGACUGGGAACUGGAGCCCGGCUCACCAACCAGAAAAGAGGCUUCCAGCAGAGCAGCAGAGGGCGGCCCGCGCUCAGCCCCGCUUCAAACUCUGGAGGCAUUUCUCUCCAAUAAGCAGCGGAGCUUGCGGCGGGGCUGGGCUCCAGGAGCGGCCUCUCACCAAUCAGGAGCCGGAGCAGAGACAAUGGCCAGAACCAAGCAGACCGCUCGUAAGUCCACCGGAGGCAAAGCCCCCAGGAAGCAGCUGGCCACCAAGGCAGCCCGUAAGAGCGCACCGGCUACCGGAGGCGUGAAGAAGCCUCAUCGUUACAGGCCCGGUACCGUGGCCCUGAGAGAGAUCCGUCGUUACCAGAAGUCCACCGAGCUGCUCAUCCGCAAGCUGCCCUUCCAGCGCCUGGUCCGUGAGAUCGCUCAGGACUUUAAGACAGACCUGCGCUUCCAGAGCUCCGCUGUCAUGGCUCUGCAGGAGGCCAGCGAGGCUUACCUCGUGGGUCUCUUCGAGGACACCAACCUGUGCGCCAUUGUAAACAUGAGUGGAAGAGGCAAAGGUGGUAAAGGACUCGGUAAAGGAGGCGCCAAGCGUCACCGUAAAGUCCUCCGUGAUAACAUCCAGGGAAUCACCAAGCCCGCUAUCCGCCGUCUGGCUCGCCGUGGCGGAGUGAAGCGUAUCUCCGGUCUCAUCUACGAGGAGACCCGCGGUGUGCUCAAGGUGUUCCUGGAGAACGUGAUCCGUGACGCCGUCACCUACACCGAGCACGCCAAGAGAAAGACAGUGACCGCCAUGGAUGUGGUUUAUGCUCUGAAGAGACAGGGCCGCACUCUGUACGGCUUCGGAGGUUAAACUCUUCAGAGUCAACAACAACAACGGCUCUUUUAAGAGCCACACAC